UCUCUCUGUUCUGAUCUCUCUCUCUCUCGUUCUUAGAAACCAUGUGCAGCAUGUCUUCUUGUCGGUCAGUCCGUAAGUGUACUGACUGCUGAGUUUUUUUUUUGUGUUUUACAUGUUCAGUGUUCACAGUUUACUGGUUAGUCAGUUAGUGGGUGUAUAUUAUAUAUAUUCUCUUAGUUAGUGGGUGUAUAUAAUAUAGUAUAUUCUAUGAAUCUAUAUACUCUACAGUUUUGGUCCAUCUCUUUUCCGAACAGUUUCUGCAUUUGCCAUCUUUAUACUCUACGGUUUCUGCAUUUUGUGAAUUAUGUUUUAUCUCCUUUGUUUGUAUAGAUAUUGUAGAUGUCGAAUAGAACUGAUCCUACUUGGAAGUAUUCAAAGAGACAUGAAGAUAAUAAGUUCAGAUUCACAUGUAAUUUUUGUAACAAAGUGGUUACUGGGAGUGUUUACCGAGUGAAGCUACAUCUUGCUGGAGGAUACCCUGAUGUGACUUCAUGUCCUAAUUGCCCAGAACCAGUUAAAGAGGAGAUUAGGGCAUUUAUGUGUAAAAACAAGGAGACGGCGUCUAGCAUAACUCCUCUUCCAGAUUUUGAUGAAAUGGGCAAUGAGGAGGACAUUGAUGAAGAUGAGUUUUAUGUACAAUCGAAGCCCCCUCCUAAGAGGCCUGCUGCCACUGCUACCUCCGGCUCCAAGUUCCAACUUAAGAAGCCCAAGACCAAAGGGCCUAUGGAUGCUCACAUCACCCCUGACUCCAGAGAUCGAGGUAGAGAAUAGGAGAAGUGGUAAACAACCUAAAGUUGACGAUAAUACACCGCAAAAGAAGUUAUUGAAAGAGCAAGCUCAUCAAGCUAUUGCGAGGUGGAUUUACGAUGCUGGAAUACCUCUCAAUGUUGUCAAUAUGGAGUCCUUUGAACCGAUGAUUGAGGCUAUUGGGCAAUAUGGCCCUGGUUUAACACCGCCAACUUAUUAUCAAGUGUGUGUCCCUCUUCUUAAAAAAGAGGUGGAAAAUGUGAACAAACAAAUGGAAGACCAUAAGAAGGAGAGAGAGGAAAAUGGAUGCACUCUUAUGUGUGAUGGAUGGACGGAUCGAAAGAAUAGGUCAUUGAUAAAUUUUUUGGUUAACUGUCCUAAAGGUAGCAUGUUCAUUGAAUCGGUUGAUGCAUCAAGUCGUUCCACAACUGGGGACAGCAUGUAUAGGUUGCUUGACGAGUAUGUGGAGCGAAUCGGAGAAGCUAAUGUGGUCCAAAUUGUCACGGAUAGUGCCGCAUACAAUAAGAUGGCAGGGAAGUUGUUAAUGGCAAAAAGACCACAUUUGUAUUGGACUCCAUGUGCUGCCCAUUGUUUGGAUUUAAUGUUAGAAGACAUUUUCAAGUUGCCAUAUUUGAAGAGGACAUGGGAAAGGGCGAUCAAGGUACACGGUUAUAUCUAUAACCGUCCGACAUUGUUGAACAUGGUGAGACACUUUACCCAAAGAAAAGAGUUGAUUAAGCCAGCAAAGACUCAUUUUGCAACAGCUUGUUUGACUUUACAAAGGGUUCAUCAACAAAAGAAUAACCUAAGAAAGAUGUUCACAUCAGAGGCUUGGAGUAAAAGCAAGUGGGCAAAGGAGGCGGAUGGUAAAAAGGUAGCAGAAAUAAUGUUGUCGCCAUCAUUUUGGAACAAUGUCUUGCUGGCCCUAAGAUUUGCAUGUCCUCUUGUUAAAGUACUUCGUUUGGUUGAUGGUGAAGAAAAACCCGCAAUGGGAUACAUCUACGAGGCCAUGGAUAGGGCCAAAGAAACUAUUAUAAACACGUUUGGCGGAGACGAAGACAAGUAUAAAACUGUGUUUGAAAUCAUUGAUGUGAGGUGGGAAGUGCAAUUGCAUCAACCUUUGCAUGCAGCAGGCUACUAUUUGAACCCUGCAUUUUUUUAGAAGGAUGGUGCAAGGAUGAAAGCUGAUAAAGAGGUAUGGAAGGGUUUGGUGGAUUGUAUUGAAAGGCUGAUACCAACUGAGAGGAUGCAAGAUGAAAUUCUUCAUCAGAUAGCAUUAUAUGAGGAGGAGGAGGGAAUCUUCAAAAAGAACAUGGCAAUUAGGCAAAGAGUUACAAGGUCACCAGGUGAUCACAAUUUUUUACUCUUUGUGCUUAAAAGCCUUAAAUACUACCUCUUUAUUCUUUAUCCUUUGCGACAAUAUAACUAAUGGAUAAUGUGCAGUUGAGUGGUGGAAGUUAUUUGGUCGUGAAACUCCUGAAUUGCAAAAAUUUGCCGUCAAGAUCCUUAGCCUUACUUGCAGUUCAUCCGGAUGCGAGAGAAAUUAGAGUGUGUUCGAACAUCUUCACACCAAAAAAAGAAAUAAGCUAGAUCAAAAGCGCCUCAACGACUUGGUGUUUGUUAAGUAGAAUAGAGCAUUGAGGCGUCGAUAUAUGAACCGCGGCAAAUUUGACCCGAUUUCCUUGAAGAACAUUGAUGAGAGCAAUGAAUGGUUGAUUGGGAAAUUGGAGGAUGAGCUUGUAUUUGAAGGUGAAGAUUUGGAUUGGAAUGUUGUUGCGGAGGCUAGUGGGGUAGAACAACCUAGCAAAGUAACUAGGUCAACUCAUAAACCAACAAGUUCAAAGAAGCGUUCAAAAGCAUCAAGUUUUUGUGCAGAUGAUUGGGAAGAAGAAGAAUUUGAUGACACUAUUUCAGAUGAAGGAGAAGAGGAAGAUGUGGAUGGAUAUCGGUCAAAUGAUGAUGAAGAAGAUGAAGAUAUUGGUGAUGAGUGAUGAAAGGAUGACUGAUGAUGUCUUGUUUGGAAUAUCUGGAUUGUUAGUUUGUUACAUUUUAUGAGCGUAUUUUACUAGUAAUUCGUAAGUUGGAAUGUUGGAUUGUUGGUUAUUAUGCAAUAUGGUGAUGUUUGUUCUUGUUUUGAUGGUAGGAGUGAAUAUUGGUCGUUUAUAUAGCUUCUAUUACUUUUUUUUUAAAACGCUCGCCUCGUUUCAAUGAGGCGCUCGCCUCGCCUCGCUCCGAUGAGGGCUUUGUCACCUUGCGUACGCCUCGCGUAUUUAAAUCACUA